AUGGCCAAUGCGGAUUUGGACCAGAUUACUGCGGAGACGGGAAGCUGUGAUGCUCUUGCUGAGUGUGGUCAAUAUGCAGCGUUCGAUAAAUUCAAGUGUCCUUUGAAUGUGUGCUGCAGUAAGCAUGGAUUCUGUGGCUUUGAUGACCAGUUCUGCAAUUCGGAAUGCCAAAAUAGCGGAGGUUGUCUACCUGUCGUGCGGCCAACGUGUUCUGAAAGUACGGAUGCAAUGUCUGCAGAAGUUCGUAUUGGAUAUUACGGCGCGUGGAGUGCAGGUCGUGGCUGUAACGCCCUUGAGCCCGAGGGAAUUCCAGCUGGCGUGUUGACACAUAUCUAUGUCGCUUUUGAGUUCGUGUCUGCAAAUCACGAAAUUACAGACGAGAACGGGCCUGUUGUCGGGCGCGUCUCCAGACUGAAGAGUUUGUAUCCCGGUUUGAAGGUCGUGAUUGCUUUAGGUGGAUGGGUGUUCAAUGAUCGCCCAACACAAACUCGAUUUUCCGACAUGGCCUCUAGCGAGAGCAACAGACAAGCUUUUAUCACUUCCUUAGUUGCAUAUAUGCGAAAAUAUGCUCUCAACGGCGUUGAUAUAGAUUGGGAGUAUCCGGUAGCUGAUGACCGUGGAGGUAUCCCACAAGACUUUGACAAUUUUGUAACGCUUGUAUCUGAAAUUCGCGCCAAGUUUGAUUCGAUUGAUCCAGGGUGGGAGCUCACCAUGACUCUCCCUGCCAGCUAUUGGUAUCUUCGUGGUUUUAACGUUAAAGGUCUUGUGAAGUAUGUCAACUGGUUCAACGUCAUGACGUACGAUAUCCACGGACUGUGGGAUCAGAAGAAUGUUUGGACAGGUCCUUUCCUCAAAGGUCAUACCAAUAUCACAGAAAUUGAAGAUGGUCUAGACCUUUUAUGGCGGAAUGGCAUCACCCCCGACAAGGUUGUCAUGGGUUAUGGAUUCUACGGCCGUGGGUUUACAAUGACCGACAACUCUUGUAGCACACCCCCGAGCUGCACGUUUAGCGGGCCUGCAUUUCCUGGUGAUUGCACAAACGAGCCAGGUAUUCUAUCGUACAAUGAGGUCAUCGGCCAUGAGAAACAGCUGAGUUCCCAUAAAUUUUAUGAUGAGAAAUCAUCGGUAAGAUGGAUGGUAUACGGAUCGAAUCAAUGGAUCUCCUGGGAUGAUGCUCAGUCUUUUGAGGCGAAAAAGAAAUUCAUGUUUUCUCGCUGCCUGAAAGGACUGAUGAUCUGGGAGUUGGGGCUUGACACUGCCGACUUCCAAGCGCUGACCGGUCUUUUUGGUGAAGAUGCCGUUGGAAACGCACUACGGGACACUUCUUUGAACCCUGGAGAGAAAGACAAACUUGCCAGGGAUCUCGCAGCGUUUACUGGUCAAAAUUGCUACGUCACUUCGUCCUGCACCAAAGGGGGUCGGUCUGAGGGCGGUCAAACUAGUAUAUGUAGUUCUGGGUACUCUUCAGUAGAGGUUGCACAUAACCCAACACAGAUGAAUCGGCACCCCGAGCGUGGUAGUCCAGAAGUAUGUGAUGAAGGAGAGUUCCAUCAUAUAUGUUGCCCGACGGAAGCGCAGCCCAGGAACUGCGACUGGGAGGGAAUCCCACAAAAAGACAUCAUGGGUUGUAAAAGAGGCUGCGGACCUUCUCAAUUUGAGCUAACAAAUGAUGCAUAUAUUGACAAAUUUGGCCUCAAGGAAUGUGGGGUUGGCUCUAAGAGCUUAUGCUGCGAUUCCACCCAGAUUCUACAAAAGUGUCAUUGGACAAGCUGUCUCUUUUCUUCUGGCACGAGUAACUGCGCCGUUAACGAGGUCAGCGUGGCUACCCGAUACGAUGCAGACGAUGGGACCAACUGUAAAUCGCAGACUGGACUUGGCAAUGGAGGUACUCAAGGACCUAUGACUGCGCAAUAUUUUCGGUCAUAUUGCUGUCCCAAGGAUGACCCCUUGGAGGAUUGCCAGUGGUCCAAUGACCUAUCUCGAGCGCCUAAAGAACAUACGCUGCGAAGAUGUGCACUCAAAACUUGCGAUAGUGGUGAAUUAGAGAUCACCGAAGCUUUGAAGCCAUCUACACUCUACGAGCUACAAAAAGAACAAGGCGCAGAAGUUUGUGACUUCUACAACGGACUUCCAGGUUUCGCUCCUGAAUACCCGCUUUGUUGUUCUCCCCCGUCUAAAUUUGACAGAGAUUGGCCUGUCAACCCGGCUUAUCUAUGGAACGGCGCGCAUGUUGGCGAGAAAGAUGAUGUCUCCUGGGUAUUUGCAGACAACUUCGGCAACAACAACAAGGACACUUCUCCCACAAAUCUCGAAGAAAAUCCCGGUGAGGAUCCAUACGGCUUUGUUAUGCUGGAUGGCCCCCCUGGAUCUAUCGCAAAACAGUUCGAUGCCCAGUUCACGGUAAUAACUCGCGAUGAACCCCUCAUUAUCAAACCAAGAUCUCUGGUCACAACGAACAAAACAGUCCUCGAUGCAACCUUCGAUCACUUGGAAGAAACUGUGCAAGUAUAUUGCAAUCAUCAUCAAGACUCUAAGCAUUGUAAUGAGGUCUUCUACAAAGGUGCGAAGGAUACGAUUAUCAAACUCCCGGACCACGUCGGUGAAGGUCCCUACGCUCGAAUUGUCUCCAUGGAACCAAUGCUCGAACCAACACAGUUACCGCCAUGGGCCAUACGCAAACGAACUGAACAAAACUUACAUGGUAACGGCAUUUAUAAGCUAGUUUUUGAUUAUGAUUUCCACGCGAUUAAGCGAGAAGAAGGGGAAGAAGUUUUCAUGAGAGUCGAUUAUACAAACUUGCAAAAGUACUGGGGGGAAAUAACAGACGAAGACCCUAAAAACUGGAGGAAGAAACGUUCCGAACAAACCAACUUUCAGUCAUGGAAGGCUCGAGUGGACAAGGCAAAGAAUGCGCCCAAUGCCACGCUUCAAGAUGAUUGGAAAUUUUCUACACGUGGGAAAGCCGACUUUUCUCCCGAGGGACCUAUCUCUCCCGCACCUCGAAAAGAUAAUUGCACCGAUCAAGCCAGCGAUAUAGAGCUCACGCGCCCAGGAGGACUUGUACGUCGAGGGUAUGGUCCAUUUCUCAAUUGGUUCAGAAAGCUUACGACUAUUACCAAGGAAGAAGCCGGUGUGCUUCCCAUGGGUUUGAAUCAACAAUUUACAAUUUACAGCGGCCGUCUAAAGUGUAGCGAUGGGCCUGUAACAAUUACCGCUGGCCUCGAUAUCACAGCCGAAACAACUAUCGAAAUGGGCGCCAAGUAUGCGUACUACUUCUCAGGGACGGUAGUGCCGCCCAAAAUUAUUGACACAUAUGUUUACGUUGGAGCGCAACCAAAAGUCUAUGCCGGUGUGAACAUUCGAGGCAAUGCUCAACUAGCCUACAAGAGUGAAGUACGACGAUUGAUUGACACCAUCACAUAUCCUGGCCUUUCUAUUAGAGGUAUCGCGACAGUGGGACCUAGUCUAGAUCUCUGGGGCCAGAUAGAAGCUUCACUGACCAUUUCUGGCCAGGUAAAAGUUGGUGCUCAGUAUGUUUUUCAGCCAGUGGAGCUUUAUCUGCCCAAUGAUGACGCAACACAUGAUCGUGCGAGUGAUAAGCUCAGUGAUAUGAAGACAGAUCAUGCCGGUAUGUCGCCUGUCUUCCAAGCUAAUGUAAAGGCAGAGCUUGAUGCACAUCUAAGAAUCACACCUGAGCUUAAUUGUGGAAUAAGAGUGGGUGGCAAGAUAGGUCCUCUUCAUGGCACACUCGUGGAUGCCCAAGUUACUGCUUUCAUGAAUACAUCGGUCCAUUUCAACGCCUUGGCAACUGCAAGCACAGAUGGACUAACAAGUAGUUGGGAGUACGGCUACAAAGUCGAGCUUCUGUGGAGGAUUGGAAUCGCAGCUGUUGCCACAGUCUGCUGUAAAUAUGGCAGCUGGCGAACGAAGGUAUACUACCCAGUGGAUUGGCAAACCCUUCCUCUAUACGGACCUGUACUCGUCAAAUCUUCGGGGGAUUCCAGUAGCACCAAGCGAAGAGACGUUGAUGCAGACCCCUGGACUCUUUCCGAGAAACCUCUACCGAACCCAUUGUUUGGCUGGUCCAGCACCGCACCGCUGGACGUUUCAUCAUCGAGCUUUGACUCAAACACGAACACUUCCUUGGUCCGUCGACAGGCUCGAGCGAAGGAAACUGAAUUUAUGCUGGGUUCCUUCAAGUGUACUUCGGGACCUGGCAAAUGCGGUACGCCUUCAAUUAACAGAAACACUGGGCGUGAUGCGACUACUUUGGCGAACAUAGAGCGGCCGAAUAGGCUUCAAAAGCGAGUUCCAACAGAUUGCCGGCUCAGGAUUCCGAACUUAUAUUAUAACUGUGAAGGGUUCUUUGCCGACGUUACUGUACAAAGUCAAGUCACAUCUGUCACUAUUCCUGGCCUUUGUAGCAGUGUAAGAACAUUUCUGGGUAAUCGAGGAAUCAAUAACGAUCAGUAUGUCUUGACUUGGGACAGCGCAAGACAAGCCAAACGAAGAGAAGAAACCUGUGGUUCUUCUCGAAAUAUCUGCUCUGAACGCCCCGGAGAUGAUGGAGAAAACGCAAGAUACAAACACGCACUCGGUGCGCCUUGGGAUCAAAUCCUCAAUCUUGUCAACUGUGACGAAUUCCCUUUCGCCUCCACAGAAGAAGGUGGAUGGGGUUAUACUGGGUCUGAGCUUGGCUUAGCUCCAGUCAAUCCAACUGGAACAACUCGGACGUGCAUACCUUCCUGGCAAAAUGAUCUACAAGGACAGUGCAAUAAUCUAAUGAAUCGCAUUAAUACGAAUGUGCGGUACUUCAAUGACCCCGAAAAUCCUGAUGAUAGUCCAGAAAACGCCAACUGGCAAUCCUGGAUCGCAAAAAACGGCGGUUGGGAAAAAGCCGACACGUCACUAAGCUGGUUUCAAAAGCGCAACUUCACCUUACACCUGGUCAACAACCCCGAGACAGGCCCAUCAACUUUUCCGGACAAUCAAUUUCAAUCUGGCUCACUUUUCUCGACCGGUGGGAGAGUUCCCGCAGUGCAAAACAACGGCGCUAUGACCAAUGCCGCGUGGAUUAUCUGCGCCGUCAAUCUUCGAGGUCAAGAUCGAUAUCGAUUCGGGCGAAACCUAGUAGGUGCUUUAGCGCAUAAUGGCUGGUGUUGGGACGGGCAGAGCACAACUGCAGCUUGGGGGGGAGUAAACAAUGUGCAACGCCUUCAGUAUUUUGCAUGCGAUGUCGACUUCGUUGGCUCAAUUCGUCAGAAAAGAGGCGAGCCUGAACCGGUCCCCAUUGGUUACUUUGGUGGUGAACCAAUAUAUAAUGUGAAACGAUCGGACGAUCGUCAUGUUUUCGACAUUGACAUCCCAAUUGCAGAGGCAAGAAUACCUGAUUACCGGCACUCAGUACCACUGAGCGAUUAA